AUGAUCCACACCAUCAAGACUGAAGUGCUUGAGGAGGUGGGACAUUUCAACAACUACAUGAAGCGCGUAUGGCGUCAUAUCUCGCUCGAUCUCCAGGAGAUGAAGAAUGGCGCUCCCAAGUCAAAGAAGAGCGACGGGGUAGAGGAAGCGACCGCUCAUGGCGAGCAUCAGGACGCUGGAGCAGACAAGAAGAGGGAAGCUCCUCGAAGGAAGAAGAUUCUGAUCAUGAUGUCUGACACAGGAGGGGGUCAUCGAGCCUCGGCCAACUCGCUCAAGGCAGCGCUACACUUGAUGAUGCCUGAGGACCAGCUGGAAGUCAAGAUAGUGGAUGUGCUGGAGGACUACACGCUUUGGUUCUCGAACCGACUCUACAACUGGUGGGUGGCGUACCCGCACGUAUGGGCGAACAUCUUCCAUCACACCAAGAGGACGUCGGAGAAGGUUGACAGGACGGGAGGGUACGCGGGAGGAACGACGGCCAAGAUCCUGGAGCCAACGGUACGGUCAGGGUACAGGAGGUGCCUGGCCGCUGAGAUGCCGGACCUGGUCGUGUCUGUACAUCCGAUCAUGCAAGUGAUCCCCCUCGAGCACUUUAUGAAAGUCGCUAACCCUGCGAAGCCCCAGGACAGGAGCAAGAGAAUUCCUUUCGUGACGUGCGUGACGGACUUGGGGGAGGCGCAUCCUUGGUGGUUCAACGUGUCUGUCGACAAGGUUUUUGUUCCUACCGAGGAAAUGUAUGAGACUGCCAUCACAUGUGGCAUGCGAAAAGAACAAGUGCAGGUUUUUGGCCUUCCGCUCCGGCAGGGCUUCUGGCAUCUGGAUGGGGGGGAGGAGGCGAAGCAGGAGAAGCGGCGGAAGCUCAAGCUGGAGGGAGACGCGAAGGUUGUCCUGGCGAUAGGAGGAGGAGAAGGCAUGGGAAAGUUAGAUCAGAUCGCGAAAUCCUUGGGGAGGCAUCUGGCGGAGAGCAACGUCAAGUCCCAUCUAGUCAUCGUCUGCGGGAGGAAUCAGAAGCUCCGCCAGAAGCUCGAGCGCUUCAAGUGGCCCAAGGGAUGCGAACUAGAACAGGACGGGGAGGAGCGACCGACCCAAGCCCAUGAACAGGAGUCGAGGAGCAGCCAAGAGCUCGGGGAGCAGGAGGGAGGAGAGAAGGGAAAAGGCGAGCAGGAGGGAGAAGAAGGCGAGCAGGAGGGAGGGAGGGAGCGUGUCAAGGUCAGAGUGGUUGGGUUCCUGGACAAUGUCGAGGAGUACAUGCUCGCAAGCUCCAUAGCCGAGGCAGCUGCUUGUGGUCGCCCUUGCAUGGUCUACGACUUCCUUCCCGGACAGGAGGAGGCCAACGUCGACUUUGUGCUCAAGAGAGGCAUGGGAGGCUUCGAGCCUGACGCUAACAAGGCUGCACAAGUUGUUCUCUCCUGGCUCAACGAUCAGCCAACCCUCCGCAAACUGUCCGACGCCUCUCGCAAGGCCAACUCGAACCCUCACGCUGCUCACGACAUCGCCGCGGCCAUCAUCACUCUCAUUCAGGUUUCUUCCUCGGAGGCUCCACCAUGGGCUGACGACGCAGGAGCAGGAGCACGACAAACAAGUUGA